AUGCGUACCUAUACAUUUUCGACUGUGAGAUUUGUACCGCAGCUUGAUUCCAAGGCCACACAAGUUGAGAAGGAACUUGAAAUUGCAAACCAAAAAUCACACGCCGCGAAAUGGUCUCACGAAAGGCGCAAGAAAAGGAAGCAGGCACUGAAGGAAGUUUUUCUGUCUGAGGAUCAAGAUGACCGCGCAAAUGCCAAACAUGAACACUUGUCAGAGGUCCGGGAGGACACACGUGGCUAUGGUGACUUCGCGCUUUACAGGGCAGAGAACAUUUUGCAAGCCACGACGUUCCACACUACCAAAGACGGCGCCUCAAGUCUCCUGGAAAUUCUCCCCGGCGGCAACUCAGACCCAUUCAACGCUCAGGCGCUACGGAUCACCCCCGAGAUCAACAAGCUCAUAACGUUCAUACGAGAUGGCUAUCUGCCGGGUGUCUAUAUCACUUCGUACAUGAAAUUCAGAGACGCCCCGCGCGGAGCUCCAAUGCUCACGACAAUCGGCGAGGGAUUCCACGUUUUCGGUCGACGUACUGUAGCGAAAGUGUGGAAUUCAAUGAAGGAAGAAUUCUCCGAUGAAGGACGAGCGCUGUCGUGGUGUUCAAGCUACAUUCCAGUUUUGGCAAAAUUCUCCUCGCCAGAUACGGCUCGAGAUCUACAUUUUCUGGCUAUCAAGAUGCGGACGAAGAGCAUGAAGAUCUUGAAAGAUCGGAUCGAAAAGCUAUCACUUGAUAUUCCGCCGGAUAUAUCGUUGGUCUCGCAGAUUGUCUCGCUCUUUCGAGCAGCUUGCAAAGAGAACGACAUCCCUGCGGCAAGGAUCCACGCAAACAUCAUUCAGCGUCUGGUUGACAGAGUCGAGACGUCAAGUCUUCAUAUCCGGACGUUAUUCAUGACCUGUAUGAAUAACGACACAGAAUUGGCCAUAGCUCAAAUGCGAAACACCUUCUUCGAUUUUGAAAACUGGGUUCAGAGACAGAUUGCUCGGUUCUGGGUGGAAAAACCUGAGACGCACAUGCCCCCAUUGCCCAUUCAGUACAAGGCCCUCCAUGAUAGCAUCCAACUGGAUGCCACUCGCCAAGCGGCGAUCAGGCUUCGACAGUACUUGCUCGUCCGGUCGACCACUGUCAAUCUGAAUGACCCUGCAGACCUUAACCGCACGGAUGCGGUCUACACGAUCUUCACAACCUAUUCUCAGUACGAUUCCGGGGCCCUGAUUAAUGCCUACAUCAAUCUCAUCGCCGGUAGGGUUGAUGGAAUCCCAGCACCUUGUCGACUUAUCGAAGCAUCACUGGCCCUAACGACAUUGCACAUAUUGCGACGAGGGAUCUUUGAAGCCACAGUGUACGGUUGUGACCACCGUACUAGUCACCACAUGAUCACCAUCAAUCAUCUCGAGGGCACAAUGAGGAAGGCGAUGAAUAUAGCAAGAGACGACACACUGACCCAAUAUCGUGACGCUCUGUUGUGGAUCUUUUUCUAUGGCGCAAGAUUUGAGUGGCGGGUAAAUCAAAAGAUCAAAGGCAUCAUGCCACCAAGGACCUGGUUCACUAAGAUGUUUGUUCGACAGGCAGAGAUCCUGGAGCUCAAUGAGUGGCCUCAAGCACGACAUAUCCUCCACCGUUUUGUCUUCUACGAGUUCUUAGAGCCUUCUGUGGCCACAUGGUUUGCGGAGACGUUGAGCGGCGACACUCCGGCCCAAUGA